AUGAAUGUCGCCGCCAACAAUCGGGCGGUGUAUCCGGCCAGCGCCGGAGAGCCGUCCGCCGGAUUAGACCGGCUCGACAGAAUCGGCGCGAUCAGACAUCUCGCGCCGCACGAAUCGCUCGCCCUUGAAGGCGACUCUGCCAACCGCUUCCAUCGGGUGCUCAGCGGCACCGUUGCCGGCUACAAGGCAACGGCGGACGGGCGCCGGCAGAUCGUCGCGUUCUUCUUCCCGGGCGAUCUGGUGGGUCUCACUACCGGCGAGCAUUACGCUUACGGAGCCGAAGCGGUCGGCCGGGCAAGCGUCUGCUCGGUUCCCCGUGCCCGCAUGCGAGAGCUCUCUCGGCAAUCGCCGGCGUUGCAUGAAGACCUGCUCCUGGCCCUCGAUCGGGAGAUUGCCGCAGCGCAAGAGCGAUUGUUGUGGCUCGGGCGCAAGACGGCGCGGGAGCGGCUCGCGUGCUUUCUGCUGGAAUGCGCUGAUCGCACCGGGGAGCCGGGAGAGGACGGCAGGCAAUCCGUUCCGUUACCGAUGAGCCAGCUUGAAAUCGGCGAUUAUCUCGGCCUCGCUUCGGAGACGGUGAGCCGAGCCCUCGCCUCGCUCGCGCGCGACGGCGCCAUCGAUAUCUUGCGACCCUUUGCCGGGGUCGUCAUCCGCGACCGACGGCGCCUCGAAGCCACGACAGACGAAGGCGCUCACCCGCCCCGCGCCUGUUCGUAG